UUUGCCAUUUACUAUCCAAUCCUUGCAGCAAUCGGAGUUCCAGGUGAAGCAUUGGGAAGUAUUCAUCUCUGAGUGAUUCAAUACAAACUUGGCAGUGAUUGUGAUCUUGUCUCGUAGAACAUGUGGUCUCUCAAGGUGCAUCCUUUUCUACCUGUUGUCCAUGGCAGUGACAGACUUACUAAUCAUGGUCACCGUUGUAAUAUUAAACCGAAUUGUUGGGAUUUAUUUCCCAUUCAGCUUCUUCUCUAUGACUUCAAUAUGCAGCAUCCGUGCAGCUUUGAAUUUUGCUGCCAUUGACAUUUCUGCCUGGUUAACUGUCGCUUUCACCUUUGAUCGUUUUGUGGCCAUUUCUUGCCAGAAGCUGAAAAUAACAUAUUGCACCGUGAAGACGGCAGCACGGGUUACAGUAUUCAUUUCCGCAGUGAUUGGUGUGAAAAAUACCUUUAUGUAUUUGGUGUAUGAACCCAUGUACGUAGUGAACAAUGUAGCCUGGUUCUGUGGUGUAAAAGCAAUAUUUUAUAACUCACCAGAAUGGGCUGCUUAUGACUGGAUUCGGAUCAUUUUGACUCCCUGUCUCCCAUUUAUCCUGAUUCUACUGCUCAAUGCUCUGACCGUCCAACACAUUCUAGCAGCAAAUAAAGCCCGCAGGAGACUCCGGACCCAGAACAACGGAGAGAAACAGAGUGACCCAGAAAUGGAGAAGCGGAGAACAUCCAUUGUUUUACUCUUUGCCAUCUCGGGCAGCUUCAUCCUGUUGUACUUGUUAUUUUUUAUGUCGACCGUCUAUGCCCGAAUUGCAGAUCUCACUUAUUCUGCAGGUUAUGAUUCCAGCAAUUCCACUUCAUAUUUUCUCCAACAAAUUGGACAUGUGCUUCAGUUACUGAGUUCCUGCAUCAAUCCAUUUAUUUAUGCAGGGACCCAGAAAAAGUUCAGAGGUGAGUUAAAGAAAGGAAUGAAGUAUCCUGUGAACCUAUGUGUUAAAAUAUUUAAGCUCUGAGUACCAGAUAAUCUGUGAUGAACUCGAUAUUGCAGAAUGACGUCUUCCUGUCCAUUUCACAAAAGUAGGCCAGUUUGAGACACACAUUUGCUUUUCCACCUAAGAAUAGUGUGAGAAUGCAAGAAGGUGUUGUGAAUGGUGGACUGCCUCAUAAUACAUUUGCAAACUGUUCCCAAUGAGUCCAAGUUUAGCUGCAUUUUGCUGACUCAUGCCUUGUGAAUACCCACUAGCUUCAAAGCGCUGAAGGCCAGUAUGAAGUUGGAAUCAGCAUGUGAUAACUCAAGCAGGGAGUAAUCAAUAUUAUUAAUACAUUAACGUACAAAUUAGGUGGAGAAGUGAAUCAACCCUCAAGCCAACUCUGGCCUUCAUUGGCUGAUCUGUUGGUUCCUUUGUCAAAUGAGAAUCUAAGUACCACUGCCUGAAAAAUAUUCCCACUCACCUCCUCAUCCAAGCAACCCCUCCCCCCCAACCCCGUACCCUCCAUCACCUCAUUAUGGAGCAGAGUUCCCAAAUUUGCACAGCCUUCUGAACCGGAAAAACAGCUCCUCGUUUCUGCCACAAAAGGAUGAUCCAUAAUGUAUGUACAGUGCUCCCUGCCCAUACUCACCCACACGGGGACAUGUCGUUUCUACAUCCACCUUGUCAAAACUGCUCAGAAUCUUACACACUUCAAUCAAAUCUCCGCUUACUCUUUAAGUUAGUGGAAAUAAGUCAACCCUAUCCAAUCUCUCUUGAUAAGACAACACACUAAUUCCAGGUUUCAAUUCUGUAAAUCUUCUUUUAAUCACAUCAGACUUAUUUCCAUCCUUCCUGAAAUAAGCAGCCCAAAACAGAAUGCAGUAUUUGAGAUGUGGUCCCACCAAUGCUCUAUAUAGCUGAAACACAAUUUACUGUAUUUACUUUUAAGGUCAAUUGCUCUCAUAAUAAAAGAUAAUGAUCCCAUCAGCCUUU